AUGCAGCAGCAAAUGCUGUCUAUCGAUCUCACUCAGAGGAUACAACAGCAGCAGCAGCAACAGCAAUUCGAGCAACAAGAAGAAGAAGAAGAAGAAGAAGAAGAAUAUAUAGAAGGAGACAGCGAAGAAGAAAACGAAGAAGGAGACAGAGAAGAAAGAGAAGAAAGAGACAGAGAAGAAGAAGGAGACAGAGAAGAAGAAGAAGAAGAAUAUAUACAAGGAGACAGAGAAGGAGACAGAGAAGAAAACAGAGAAGAAGAAGAAGAAGAAGAAGAAGAAGACAGAGAAGAAGAAAUAGAAAGAGAAGAAGAAGAAGGAGACAGAGAAGAUAUAGAAGGAGACAGAGGAGGAGACAGAGAAGAAAGAGAAGAAAGAGAAAGAGAAGGAGACAGAGAAGAAGAAGAAGAAGAAGAAGAAGAAUAUCAACAACUGCUGCAGUAG